AAAAAAUACUCGAAAUGAAAUCAGCUUUGGCAAGUUUGGGGAUAACCCUUCAGUUUUUGGUAUUAGCUUCAUCUGUCCAUGGUCUGCUGGGCCCUCAAGUCACGUUGUCCGACGGAGACACCAUCACCGGUAACUACGUAGCUCUUAGUAACCUUGAAUCCUACUUGGGUAUUCCUUAUGCCGCUCCUCCCAUCGGAUCCUUGAGGUUUAAGCCUCCUCAACCAUUCGCCGAGAGCUUGAACGGUUUCCAGGCUCUGGCCUACGGUUCGUCGUGCCCUCAAAUGAACAUGGAAGCGGGAUUCGUCAAUUCCUUGCCAAAGGAGGCUUUGGGUUUGGUGAUGCAAAGUCCGUUGUUCAAUGCAAUCAUCCCUCAAUCCGAGGACUGCUUGACCCUCAAUGUGUACAGAAAGAGAGGUCUCUCUUCUACUGCCAAGUUGCCAGUUAUGUUUUGGAUUUAUGGUGGUGGGUUCGAAGUCGGUGGUACUAAUUACUACUUACCGCAACAGUUGAUGGCGCAGGGGGCUCUCCAGGGUCAGGACUUCAUCUAUGUCUCUGUUAACUACAGACUCGGUGCCUUUGGAUUCUUGGGAGGACUGGAGAUCAAGGCUGAAGGCAGUGGUAACGCAGGAUUUUUGGAUCAGAGACUUGGUUUACAAUGGGUUGCCGACAACAUUGCUUCGUUUGGUGGUGACCCAAGCAAGGUUACCAUCUUUGGAGAAUCGGCUGGUUCGAUGUCGGUGGCCCACCACCUUAUUGCGAACAAUGGUGACAACACCUACAAGGGCAAGCCAUUGUUUAGAGCUGCUAUCAUGCAGUCCGGGUCUGUUCUUCCAUCUGAUGACAUUGAUUCGGCAUAUCCACAGCUCAUCUUCGACACCGUUGCCGAUGCUGCUGGUUGCGGUGCCUCUUCCGACAAGUUGGAGUGUUUAAGAAAUGUUCCAUACGAGACAAUGGCAGCUGCAAGUAACUCUGUUCCUGGUGUGCUCGGUUAUGGGUCCUUGAAGUUUUCCUACAUGCCAAGACCUGAUGGUGGCCUUAUUCCUUACCUGCCAAUGCAGAUGGUUGUUGAUGGAAAGUACGCGAGGGUUCCAUAUAUUAUUGGGGAUCAAAAUGAUGAAGGGCCUCUUUUCACUUUCGGUAGCUUGAACGUGACCACAGAGGCUGAGGUGAGAACGUAUGUUGACUAUUUGUUCCCCGAAUUUUCUUCCUCUCAAUUAGAUCAGUUGUUGACUUUGUACCCACUGGAUAUCACCCAGGGUUCUCCGUUCGGAUCUGGUGUCUUAAAUGCGUUAACGCCUCAGUACAAGAGACUUUCAUCUUUAAUUGGUGAUAUCUUUUUCCAAGCUCCAAGAAGAUUUAUGUUAAACGGCACCCCAGACGUCACCAGAUACACCUAUAACUCCCAGCAAUUAACGGGUACCCCAGUUGUUGGUACGUUCCACGCCAAUGAUAUCAUCUGGCAAUAUUUCGUCACUGGUUCUGGGUCACUGAUUUACCGUAAUGCGUUCAUUUCGUUUGCCAAUAACUUGAAUCCUAACGGCGGUGGAAUUUAUACCUUGACCAAUUGGCCACAGUACCAGAACACCAAUGCUCUUGCCAACAACAUGAUGUAUAUCAAUGCCGUGGGUCUUUUCACCGGAAAAGAUAACUACAGACAGGCGGCAAUAAGCUUCCUCAACGCUAACUACCAAGCUCUUUAUUUUUAACCAAUACUGAUCAAGGGGUCCUUUCGAUUAAAUAGCUAUGUACUUUAAGAUUAGUAAGA